AUGGACCACGACCACGACCCUGAAGCCGACGCCGAAGCCGAUGCGGAUGCGGACGCGGAUACCAGGUUGUAUUGUUAUUGUCAGAAACAGAGUUAUGGGGAGAUGAUCGGGUGCGAUGAUGAUGGGUGUCAGUUUGAAUGGUUCCACCUAUCUUGUCUCUUACUGGACCGACCCCCUGAAGGAACGUGGUUGUGCCCCGACUGCGCUGUGAGGGCGGAGAGCAAGAAGAAGCGAGGGGGUGGUGGCAAGGGUGGUGGCGGGGGGAGGAAGGGCAAGUAG